CACCGGACGAUGCUCGGCCAACUGAGCCACACCGGCCAGGGCUACAGCUGACUUUCUGGUGAGGAAUUUCAUGUAAUGUAGGCAAGUGUUUUGCAGACUUUACUGAUCAUAGGAAUCAACUGGGGACACUUAAUUUUUUUAAAUGCAAAUUCCCAGUCUCCAUCCAGAACUACUGAAUCAGAGUCUUGAAAGUAAAAGCCUGGGAAUUUCUGUUUUUAGCAAGCACUCCAAGUAAUUUUGUUAAUACAGCAAGUUUGGACUUACUGUUUUCAGCAUUUGUUUAUUGUUGACACUUGUGGUACUUCCACUAUUUUGUGAAAAAGACUUUAAUUUUGAAGUCUUAGGACCCAGCUGUCACUUGAUUGUUGUUCUGUGAGCCUGGAGAGUCACCCUGCUUCCGAGAGAAAGACAGAAAGUGCCCCCAGCUCUAGGCCAGGUGAGGCCUUGCAUGGCCCGUGGGCUCUGCUUACCACCGUUGUGUUCAGCCGUAGCCCACGGUCCAAGGUUACGGCGUAGCUGUCCUUUAAGAACAGGAGCCUCCCCCGUAUUGACCCCCCCAAAGAACAGGGGCUUUUAAAACUGCAGGGAGAGGGAAUGUGUGAGGCAGUGCGGAAAGCACUAGUGACAUAGGCUGAUGUCACAGAAAGCCUAUGGGUAGCAUUUUAAGGCAGCCCAGUUUGUGAGUAGUGUGCUGGCUUAACGUCUCACCACAGACUCAUCUUUCAGGCAUUUGUUUGUGGUAUAGAAGGUCCUCUACCUUUAGAUCAGAGAUUUUACAAAGCACAACUUUGAAGAAGCCAACGAAAGAAAAGUGAACAGUUUUCCUAGAUUGACCUAAUUUUAUGUAUUCAGCCUGAAUUAUUCUAGUCUUCAUCAUGAUGUGGUCAGUAUUCAAGGCGCAUUUAUGUUUCCAGUUUAGUAUGUACCCAGAGUCAGCAGAAAGGAUCCAUUUUUGAAUAAUCUUUAAAUUGACAAUAUUUGUACAAAGCUCCCUUUGCCAAAGUGCUUCCCAUGGAACCAGGGAUAAUUUUGGCAGAUUUUGAAUUACGAAAGAACUAUAGGAGAUUUUUAUCAAUUGUGUACCAAUAAGACUAAGUCACUGAAUAAAUUCUACAACUGUGUGUCAUCUGUCACACAUACUAUAUAGAUUAGUUAAAAUCUAUUUUUAUCUAUAGUACCUGUGUUAUGCUUAGAGGAAAAUGUGACCAAAAGCAGUUUUUGAUGUCCUGUAAUGUGUCACAAUUUUAUGUGCCAAUAGCUGCUUUACUGUGAAAGAAAUAUUAGAUCAUUUAAAAACUAGAACCAAAAUCUAUUAACCUCAGUAUAAGUCAUAUAGCGUAUGGAAACCAAGCUUUCAAAACCUACUUUUAAAGGGGGCCAAUUGGUCAUCCUUCAGGUCCUAAGUGAGGGCACUCCACAGGCUCCAGGCCACAGAGGCAAAGACAUGGACCCCGUCCCAACUGCCCCUGCAAACCCCAAGCACCAUCAGACCCCUUCUCAUGGACUUGAGAGGGUGGGAUGGUACAUAGAGAACCUGAAGCUCAGAAAGGAGAAGAAGAAGGCCUUGCAGCUGACACCUCAGCAAGGCUUCAGUGAAAAUGACGACGAUGAUGAUGACUCAUCUGAAACUGAUUCCGAUGAAGAUGAUGAUGAUGAAGAGCAUGGAGCUCCCCUGGAAGGAGCCUAUGACCCUGCAGAUUAUGAGCAUUUGCCAGUUUCUGCUGAGAUUAAGGAACUCUUCCAAUAUAUAAGCAGGUAUACACCUCAGUUGAUUGACCUGGACCACAAACUGAAACCUUUCAUUCCUGAUUUUAUCCCAGCUGUUGGGGAUAUUGAUGCAUUCUUAAAGGUCCCACGUCCUGAUGGAAAGCCUGACAACCUUGGCCUCUUGGUAUUAGAUGAGCCUUCUACAAAGCAGUCAGACCCUACAGUGCUCUCGCUGUGGUUAACAGAGAAUUCCAAACAACACAACAUCACACAACACAUGAAAGUAAAGAGCCUGGAAGACGCAGAAAAGAAUCCUAAAGCCAUUGACACAUGGGUGGAGAGCAUCUCGGAGUUACAUCGUUGUAAGCCUCCCGCAACUGUACACUAUACCAGGCCCAUGCCUGAUAUUGACACACUGAUGCAAGAAUGGUCCCCAGAAUUUGAAGAGCUUUUGGGCAAGGUGAGCCUGCCCACGGCAGAGAUUGACUGCAGCCUGGCAGAGUACAUCGACAUGAUCUGUGCUAUCCUAGACAUUCCUAUCUACAAGAGCCGGAUUCAGUCCCUCCACCUGCUCUUUUCCCUCUACUCGGAAUUCAAGAACUCACAGCAUUUUAAAGCUCUUGCUGAAGGCAAGAAAGCGUUCACCCCUCCAUCCAACCCCACUUCCCACGCUGGAGAUGCAGAGACAUUAACCUUCAGCUGAGACACCUCCCAGGUCACUUUGUUUCAAGGCUGAGCUGGCUCCUCCACCUCAGCUGAGGACAGAUUGUCGUCAGCCACCUGGCAUCCUUGCGUGCAUCACAGCUGGAUUGGGGGCAGUGUAUGUCCUACUCCCCUCUUUGCCGGAAACACUGCACACGUUCUCUAAAUGCUUCUGCCUCUCUCAGACUUCCUUCCCAUGGGAAUUUUGCAUCUCUACCACUAUGGAGAUUUGAGUUAGACGAAUUGAAAUUUCUGGGUACCCUAGGAUGCUUAGGCUAGAAGGAAAGUUUAAAAGAUAUUCUUUUUGACAUAGCAAUGGAAUUAUUUUCUUUCAUUCUUAAAUUAAUUGUCAAAGAUUUUACAAAUAAAAUGCUCUUAUCUUUCA